AUGGGAGAAAACCCCUCCUCCAUCACAUCCCCACCAUCCAUCACCAUGUCCAAUCCCAUCGUCUUCUACGACAUCUCCACCCGCCCCCCGGUCUCGCAAACCUGCUGCUCCCCCAACCCCUGGAAAACCCGCUUCGCCCUCAAUUUCAAAGCGCUCCCCUACACAACCACCUGGGUCGCCCUCCCGGACAUCGCCACCGUCCGCAACCAGCUCGCCGUCCCGCCCUGCCGCAAAUUCGCCGACGGCACCGACUUCUUCACGCUGCCCAUCAUCUGCGACCCUUCCACCAACUCGACCGUCGGCGACUCCUUCGACAUCGCCGCGUACCUGCAGCGCACGUAUCCGGGCGCCGGCGCGGGCGACCUGCUUCCGGCUGGCCUGGCGCUCGAUUACGUCGUCGAGCAGGACCUGGCCUUCCUGGUCCCGCUGUCGGCGUGCCGGGACGAGGGCGGCGAGUACGCGGCGUACGCGAAGUUCAACGUCAACGUCGAUGCGGCGUUCACGGCGCACGUGCAGCUGACGACGCAGGGGUUCCCGUUCGACCCGGCGAAUGCGGAGGCGGUGAAGGCGCUGUUCGUGAAGAGGGCGGGGGUGAAGUCGUGGGAGGACUUCGCGCUGGUGGGGGAGGCGCGGGUGAGGAUGAUGGAGUCGUUUGAGAGGACGCUGGGCGGGUUGGCGAGGCUGUUUGAGAGGGAGGCGGGGGGCGGCCCGUUUUUGCGGGGGGAGAGGGCGUGUUAUGCGGAUAUGAUCGUUGGUGCGUGGUUGAGGAUGAUGCGGGCGACGUUGCCGGAGGGAGAGUGGGAGCAGGUGAGGGGGUGGCAUGGGGGUGUUUUUGGGAGGCUGCAUGAUGGGUUGGAGGUGUAUGCUGAGGUGAAAUAG